AGGUGAUUCUGCGCCCACGGGAGGGGCGCAGGCUGCUCGGAGCUCACAUGGUGCCGCGUCUCCCGCGCCGGGAAUCGCAGAGGGUCGCGCUCUCGACCGGGCGGCUUCUGUCCUAGGCGCAGGCGGCGGGCGGGGAGGAAGCCAGGCACUGUCCCCUGGGAGAGGUCCAGCAGGAUCGCUGCCCCGCAGUGACACCGUCCCCGUCCUGCUGGUGCCCGGGGCAGUGACCCCGAUUCCGGCCCCAAGAGGCGGGGAGGGACCGGGCUGCGGGAGCAGACGGCCGCAGGGCGCCGCGAGGAUCGAGGAUCAUGUCCCCCGGCCACGCGUGCCUCUGGGUGCUGCUGGCCCUGGGCGCCGGCCUGGCCGGCUGGGGCGUCCGCGCGGGCCUAGUGCGGGGCCUCCGGCAGUUCUACGUGGCCGCGCAGAGCGUGACCUGGACCUACCGGCCGGAGCCCCCAGACCCCAGUUUGAAUCCUUUCACACCUUCCUUUAAGAAAAUUGUCUAUAGAGAGUAUGAACCAUAUUUUAAGAAAGAAAAGCCACGAUCUAGCAUUUCAGGACUUCUUGGGCCUACUUUAUAUGCUGAAGUUGGAGACCUCAUGAAAGUUCACUUUAAGAAUAAGGCAGACAAACCCAUAAGCAUCCAUCCUCAAGGAAUUAAGUACAAUAAAUUCUCAGAAGGUGCUUCUUACAGUGACCACACAUCCCCUCUGGAGAGAAUGGAUGAUGCGGUGGCGCCAGGCCAAGAGUACACCUAUGAGUGGUUCAUCAGUGAGGACAGUGGGCCCACACAGGAUGACCCCCCGUGCCUCACGCAUAUCUAUUACUCUUAUGAGAAUCUGACAGAGGACUUCAACUCGGGGCUGAUUGGACCCCUGCUCAUCUGUAAGAAAGACACCCUCACUGAGGAUGGGACUCAGAAGAUGUUUGACAAGCAACACGUGCUGCUGUUUGCUGUGUUUGAUGAAAGCAAGGGGUGGAACCCUUCGCCGUCUCUAAUGUACACGGUCAAUGGUUAUGUGAAUCAAACAAUGCCAGCUCUCACAGUCUGUGCUCAUGACCACAUCAGCUGGCAUCUGAUUGGAAUGAGCUCUGGGCCAGAACUGUUCUCCAUUCACUUCAAUGGCCAGGUCCUGGAGCAGAACCAUCAUAAAGUUUCUGCUGUCACCUUGGUCAGUGCUACAGCCACUACUGCCAACAUGACUGUGAGCCCAGAGGGAAAGUGGACCAUAUCUUCUCUCAUCCCUAGGCAGUUUCAAGCUGGGAUGCAGGCUCACAUUGAUAUUAUAAACUGUCCAAAGAAAACCAGAACUACUACAAAACUAACCCGUGAACAGAGGCGGUACAUCAAGAGGUGGGAAUACUUCAUUGCCGCAGAGGAAAUGAUGUGGGACUAUGCACCUAUAAUACCAACAACGAUGGACAAACUAUACAGAUCUCUGCACUUGGAUAAUUUCUCAAACCAAAUUGGAAAAAUGUAUAAGAAAGUUGUUUACAGACAGUACCAAGAUGAGGGCUUUACCAAACGCAUGGACAACACCAAAAUGAACGAAAAUGGGAUUUUGGGCCCUAUUAUCAGAGCCCAGGUCAGAGACACACUCAAAAUCGUGUUCAAAAAUUCGGCCAGUCGACCCUAUAGCAUUUACCCUCAUGGAGUGACCUUCUCCCCUUAUGAAGACGAAGUUAACUCUUCCUCCACCUCAGGCAACCACACCAUGAUCCGAGCAGUUCAGCCCGGGGAAACUUAUACUUACAAAUGGAACAUCCUCGAGUCUGAUGAGCCCACAGAUAGUGACGCACAGUGCUUAACAAGACCAUACUACAGUGAUGUAGAUGUCACCAGGGACAUUGCCUCUGGCCUGAUAGGGCUUCUUCUAAUUUGUAAGAGCAGAUCCCUGGAUAUGCGAGGCAUACAGAGGGCAGCGGACAUCGAGCAGCAGGUUGUGUUUGCUGUGUUUGAUGAGAACAAGAGUUGGUACAUCGAGGACAAUAUCAACAAGUUCUGUGAAAAUCCUGAUAUGGUGAAACGGGAUGACCCCAAAUUUUAUCAAUCAAACAUAAUGAGCACUAUCAAUGGCUAUGUGCCCGAGAGUAUACCUACUCUAGGGUUCUGCUUUGAUGACACUGUCCAGUGGCAUUUCUGCAGCGUGGGGACCCAGGAUGAUAUCCUGACUGUUCACUUCACGGGGCACUCAUUCAUCUAUGAAAAGAGGCAUGAGGACACCUUGACCCUCUUCCCCAUGCGUGGAGAGUCUGUGACUGUCACAAUGGAUAACGUUGGAACUUGGAUGUUGACCACCAUGAAUUCCAGUCCAAGAAACAAAGGCCUCCAGCUGAGAUUCAGGGAUGUUAAAUGUAUGCGGGAUGACGAUGAAGACUCAUACGAGAUUUAUGAACCUCUGUCACCAACAGCAAUGGCUGUACGGAAAAUACACUCUCCUUCAGAAAAUGAAGAUGAGGAGACUGAUCCAGAUGAUGAUUACCAGGAUAUCCUGGCUUCCUCAUUAGGAAUUAGGUCAUUCAGAAAUUCAUCACUGGAUCACAAAGAAGAUGAAUUCAAUCUUACUGCCCUUGCUCUGGAGAACAGCUCUGAGCUCAUUUCUCCAAGUACAAAUGUAUCCAUCGGUUCCAGUUCUUCAUCCUCAAGAACCACUGUCAGUAACCACACAGAACCUCAGAAAACCCUUCCUCAUGCAGGAGCCUCCACCACUGGUCACCUCCUGGAACACCUCAGUGGCUUAGACAAGAACCCAGUUGUCAACUCUUCCACAGAAGAAUAUUCCAGCCCAUAUUAUGAAGACCAGAUAGAAGAUCCUCUACAGUCAGAUGUCACAGAGAUAAGUCUACUAGGUGCAAAAGGUUUCAGAGAUGGAGAAUAUGCUAAACACAAAGCAUACAGGACAAAAAGAAACCAAUUAGCAAAUCACGGGUUUUUCUGGAUGAUAUUACCAGCCCAUAAAACUGGGAGACAUUCAAACCAAGAUGACACUUCUUCAAGAAUGGGACCCUUGGAGGACCUUCAAAGUGAUUUGUUACUCUUAAAACAAAAGAAUCCAUCAAAGAUUUUGGAUGGGAAAUGGCAUGUGGUUUCUGAAAAAGGUGGCUAUGAAAUAAUCCAAGAUAUUGAUAAAGACUUGGCUAUUAAUGAGCUGUUAAACAGCCCCCAGAAUGUCUCAAAGAUUUGGAGAGAAAGAAUCCCUCCUGAAAACAAUCCAGGAAAGCAGAAUGACCACCCAAAGUUUUCUGGUGUUAGACAUAAAUCUCUACAAGUAAGACAGCAUGGAGAAAAUAGUGGAUUGAAGAAAAGACCAUUUCUCAUCAGAACACGGAAAAAGAAAAAGGAACCAAAGCUUGCACACCAUACCCCUCUCUCUCUACGGGGCAUUUACCCUCUCAAAGGAGCAGACUACACCACAUUUUCAGACAGGAGACUUAACCAUUCAGUGUUACUGCAUAAGUCCAAUGAAACAUCUCUUCCCAUAGACUUCAAUCAAACAUCCCCCUCUAUCAAUCUUGUGCAGAUAGGCUCCCUUCCUGACCAUAAUCUAAGACCCCCAAAUGACACUGGUCAAACAAGCUCCCCUCCAGAUCUUUAUCAGACUGUGCCCCCAGAGGAACGCUAUCAAACAUCUCCCACUCAAGACCCUGAUCAAAUGCACUCCACUACAGACCCCAGUCACAGGUCCUCUCCUCCAGAGCUCAGCCAGAUGUUCAACUAUGACUUAAGUCAUGAGUUACAUCCUGUUGACAUUGGUCAACUAUCUCAUGCUCUGGAACAUGAAGCCUGGCAGAUGACUAUCUCUUCAGGCCUCAGUCAACCAUCCUCUUCUUCAAGCCAAGGUCAGACGACCCCCUCCUCAGACCUCAGACAGAUGAUCACCUCCCCAGACCUUGGUCGGAUCCCCCUUUCCUCAGACUUCAGUCAGAUGCCCUCCCCAGACCUUGGCCAGAUGCCCCUCUCUCCAGAACUUGGUGAGGCCAAUCCUUCUCCAGAUCUCAGUCAGAAGACCCCUUCCCCAGAAUUCAGCCAGAUGCCCCUUUCUCCAGAACUUGGUGAGACCAGCCUUUCUCCACACUUCAGUCAGAUGCCCUCCCCAGACCUCGGCCAGAUGCCCCUUUCUCCAGAACUUGGUGAGGCCAGCCCAUCUCCAGACUUCAGUCAGAUGCCCUCCCCAGACCUCGGCCAGAUGCCCCUCUUUCCAGAACUUAGUGAGGCCAAUCUUUCCCCCAACCUCAGUCAGAAGACCCCUGCCCCAGACCUCAGCCAGAUCCCCCUCUCUCCAGAAUUUGGUGAGGCCAAUCUUUCUCCAGAUCUUAGUCAGAAGACCCCUGCCCUAGACCUCAGCCAGAUCCCUCUCUCUCCAGAAAGUGGUGAGGCCAAAUUUUCCCCCAACGUCAGUCAGAUGACCCCCUCCCAAGAUCUCAACAAGAUACCUUAUUCCCCUGGCCUCAGCCAAGUAACUCUCUCCCCAGACAUCAGUGAGAAAACCCUUCCUCCAAAUUUCAAGCAAACAUCACAUCCUUCAGACCUUGAUCAGAUAUCCUACCCUUCUGAGUCUAGUCAGUUAUUGCCUCUUUCAGAAUUUAAUCAGACUUCUCCUUAUCCAGACCUUGUUCACAUGCCAUCUCCUCUCCCAUCUCCUACACUCAAUGAUACUUUCAUAUCAAAUGAAUUUAAUUCACUAGUUGUAGUGGGCAUAAGUGGAGAUGAUGGAGAUUACAUUGAGAUUAUUCCACAGCAGGAAGUCCAAAUCAGUGAAGAAGACUAUGCUGAAAUUGAUUAUGUGGCCUAUGAUGACCCCUACCAAACUGAUAGGAGGACAGACAUCAACUCCUCAAGAAAUCCUGACAACAUUGCAGCAUGGUACCUCCGCAGCAACAAGGGAAACAGAAAAUAUUAUUACAUUGCUGCUGAAGAAAUAUUCUGGGAUUAUGCAGAAUUUGCACAAAGUGAAACUGACAGUGAAGAUGGCGAUGACAUUCGAAAGGAUACCACAUACAAGAAGGUCAUUUUCCGAAAGUACCUGGACAGCACUUUUACUAAACGUGACCCUCGGGGCGAGUAUGAACAACAUCUUGGCAUUCUCGGUCCUAUUAUUAGAGCCGAAGUGGAUGAUGUCAUACAAGUUCGUUUUAAAAAUUUAGCAUCUAGACCAUAUUCUCUUCAUGCCCAUGGACUGGCCUAUGAGAAAUCAUCAGAAGGAAAGACUUAUGAAGAUGAUUCUCCUGAAUGGUUUAAGGAUGAUAAUGCUGUUCAGCCCAACAGGAGUUAUACGUAUGUAUGGCAUGCCACCGAUCGGUCAGGGCCAGAGAACCCUGGCUCAGCCUGUCGGGCUUGGGCCUACUACUCAGCUGUGAAUCCGGAAAAAGACAUCCACUCGGGCUUGAUAGGGCCCCUUCUGAUCUGCCAAAAAGGAACGCUUCACAAGCAGAGCAACAUCCCUGUGGACAUGAGAGAGUUUGUCUUGCUCUUUAUGGUCUUUGAUGAGAAGAAGAGCUGGUACUAUGGAAAGUCGGAAAGAACCUGGAAACUUGAGUCUUCAGAAGUAAAAAACUCCCAUGAGUUCCAUGCCAUUAACGGGAAGAUCUACAACUUGCCUGGCCUGAGAAUGUACGAGCAAGAGUGGGUGAGGUUACACCUGCUGAACAUGGGCGGCUCCCGAGACAUUCAUGUGGUUCACUUUCACGGCCAGACCUUGCUGGAGAACGGCUCUCAACAGCACCAGUUGGGUGUCUGGCCCCUUUUACCUGGUUCAUUUAAAACUCUUGAAAUGAAGGCAUCAAAACCUGGUUGGUGGCUCCUAGAUACAGAAGUUGGAGAAAACCAGAGAGCAGGGAUGCAAACACCAUUUCUCAUCAUAGACAAAGAUUGUAAGAUGCCAAUGGGACUGAGCACUGGAAUUAUAUCUGAUUCACAGAUCAAGGCUUCUGAGUAUCUUCGUUAUUGGGAGCCCAAAUUAGCAAGAUUAAACAAUGGUGGAUCAUAUAAUGCUUGGAGUGUAGCAAAAAGUGCAUUAGAAACUUCCUCUAAACCUUGGAUCCAGGUGGACAUGCAAAAAGAAGUCAUUGUCACAGGGAUCCAGACCCAGGGUGCCAAACAUUACCUCAAGUCUUGCUAUACCACUGAGUUCCAUGUGGCUUAUAGCUCUGACCGCACCAGCUGGCAGAUCUUCAAAGGAAACAGCACGAAGAACAUUAUGUAUUUUGAGGGCAAUUCAGAUGCCUCUACAAUAAAAGAGAAUCAGUUUGAUCCACCUAUUGUGGCGCGAUAUAUUAGGAUAUCUCCAACAAGAUCCUAUAACAGACCUACCCUUCGACUGGAGCUGCAAGGCUGUGAGGUUAAUGGGUGCUCCACACCACUGGGUAUGGAGGAUGGAAAGAUAGAAAACAAGCAGAUCACAGCCUCCUCGUUUAAAAAAUCCUGGUGGGGAGAUUACUGGGAGCCCUCCCGUGCCCGCCUUAAUGCCCAGGGUCGAGUGAAUGCCUGGCAAGCCAAGGCAAACAACAACCAACAGUGGUUACAAAUUGAUCUGCUCAAAAUCAAGAAGAUAACUGCGAUUGUAACACAGGGCUGCAAGUCUCUAUCCUCUGAAAUGUACGUGAAAAGCUACACCAUUCAUUACAGUGACCAAGGCAUGGAAUGGAAACCUUACAGGCAGAAAUCCUCCAUGAUGGACAAGAUUUUUGAAGGAAAUGGUAAUGUCAAGGGACAUGUGAAGAACUUUUUCAAUCCACCAAUUAUUUCCAGGUUUAUCCGCAUUAUUCCUAAAACAUGGAAUCAGAGUAUUGCACUUCGCCUGGAACUGUACGGCUGUAAUAUUUACUAGAACUGAAUAUUAAAUAAAAGACAGAAGAGACUCUUUAAGACUUCAAAAUA